UGCGCGAGCGACGACCGCUUACAAAAACAUGUACAUAUUUUUUGCGGUUUUCACGGCCCAUAAAAAAAAUGUAUAUAUUUUUUGCGGUUUUCACGGCCCAUAACACAAGUACUGUAGGAAUCCUUUUGUGUAGCAAUGCAUUGGGAGACGAGGCCUAACUAGUCGAUUGGGGAAGUUCUGAUAUUAUGUGGUAACUCGAUAAGGCCUUGACCUACAACGUCAGGUGUGUGCAUGGGAUUUGACAAUGGCUGCCAUUCGGAACUAUCGCGUCAAGGGGUUAAUUUCACCACCUUACACCCCUUAUAAGGAAAAUGGAGAUGUGGAUCUUGACAAAAUAGACGCCUAUGUUGACCUGCUCCACAAGAAUAAAGUGUUAAAUGUCUAUGUGAACGGCACCACAGGUGAAGGCCCAUCUCUAUCACUCGAAGAGAGGAAGCAGUCAGCCGUGAGAUGGGUGAAAGCGGGCAGAGGAAAGUUAGAGAAUGUUAUCAUCCAGGUCGGAUGUACGAGCCUCCCCGAAGCCAAGCAACUUGCUGCGCAUGCGCAGAGUAUCGGAGCAUCUGCCAUCGCCUGUCUGCCACCAUGGUACUACAAAAACAUGGCAUUAGAUGAUAUUGUUGACUUCUGUGCACAAGUGGCCGCCUGUGCUCCAAACCUACCAUUCUUCUACUAUCACAUUCCCUCCUUCACUGAGGUUAACAUCAAGAUGGCCGACUUCUUUGAACUUGCGAAGGACAAAAUGCCGACAUUGGUGGGGACCAAGUUUACAGAUCUUGACUUCAUGGACGCAUCAGCGGUUGCUAACUCUGAUAACAAGAGGUUUCAAGUGAUGUCAGGGUGGGACCAAAUGCACAUUGCUGCCCUCGGUUACGGCUUAGGUGAAGGCGUGGUUGGGGCGUUUUACAACUUCAUGCCCCAGGUAGCGCACCGGCUGAUAGCGGCCUUCGAGAGAGGCGACUUGGAGGAGGCGAGGAAAGAACAAUUCAGGCUGAACGAGAUUGUCCGACUCAACAAGAAAUACAGCACUGGUUUCAUCCUACGAGACUUCAUGACCUUCAUCGGCCUUGACAUUGGACCGCCACGACUACCCCUGCGCCCCCUACCGGCAGAGAAGAGAGUUCUGUUGCAGAAGGAGCUUGAAACGAUUGGGUUCUUUGAUUGGAUAAAAGAAUAGGAUAAAUAGAAAUGAUGUGAAACGAAGAGAAACACUCGUAUCUUAAUGAUUGCUUCAGUGAUUGAUGCUAUACAAUAAAAACAUGACGAUAACUAAAACACUCAAUAAAAUGAGCGCGGUGAAGCUAAAGCAACAAGAUCGGUUCUAUGAUGAUUGACUGGCAGCGAAUACGAAACAGAGAUUCGAAAACCUGCAAUUUUGUAUGAGAUUCCUUUUUUCUCGGUGCAUAAGACGUUGUUCCAAAAGCAAAUCAACAUCAAUCACAGAAGAGCGACGAUCUUCCUGGGUUGUUGGUGCUACUUCUCAAAAUGAUCUUUUGUUCCAGACGAGAGUUUUAAAUAAGCCCCGUGAUAUUAUCAAAACAUAA